AUGUCAACCACACAACGAAGUGAAAGCAUGCAUGCAUUCUUUGAUGGGUACAUUAACUCAAAAACCAUUUUGAAACAAUUUGUGGAGCAAUAUGAGAAUGCUUUGGCGAAGAAGGUGGAAAAUGAAAAUGGUGAAGAAUUUAAUUCUCUCAACUCAUACAUCCCAUGCAUAACUCAGUAUCCAUUUGAGAAGCAAUUUCAAAAAGCUUACACUAUUGCAAAAUUUAAGGAGUUCCAACAGGAGGUUGUAGGACAGCUUCAUUGCAAUUUAUCUUUGUAUACACAAGGUCCUGAUUUUUCUGUAUAUGAAGUGAGUGAAGAUGUUCCAUUUGGAGAGAACCUUCGAUUAGCAACUUUCAUUGUCUAUUUUGAUAAGGAAAACUUUGACACAAAUUGUAGUUGUCGACUGUUCGAGUUUAGGGGAAUAGUGUGCAGGCAUCAAAUUGUGGUAUUAAUGAAAGAAAAGGUUCAUGAGAUACCAGACAAGUACAUUUUAAGAAGAUGGAACAAAAAUGUGAAAAGGUGCCAUAGUAAAGUGAUCAUCAAUUAUAACAACUCUUCAAUGUUGCCUGAAACACGUCGGUAUAAUAAAAUGUUCAAUGUCUUCAAUGAUAUGGCUGAUUUGGCAACUGAUUGUGAAAAUAGGUGUGAUAUGGUGGUCGAACAGUUACUUGAACUAAAAGGGAAAUUGAAAGAAGAAGUUGAAAUUGAUUAUGGAAAUAAUAAGUCUAGUUUUGUGAGUAAUCAUCAUAAUUCAACCACUCAUGGAGAUGGUGUUUCGAAGUCAAAGGAGAGUAGAAUCAUACUUGAUCCAGUCGGUUUACGUCAAAAGGGGAGGCCACCAUGUAAAAGGAAACAAUCCAUGGUUGAAAAAGUUGUUAACAAGAAGAAGAAAGGAGCAAAUACCAAGAAAAAGACCAUCAACAUCCGAGGAAGUGUAGAGCAAUCCGAGUUUGGUGCAUCUUCAAAUAUAGGACUUGUUGAUCUUGGUACACAAGAGAGUAUUCAAGUGAAUGAAUCUGAAAUAUUAGGUCCAAGUUUAGAGCAACAAAACAUAUUUCAAGAAAACUUGUCAUACCAAAUGGAAGUUCUUAUUAAUUCAGUUAAACUUUUAGUUCAUUUGGUUGAACUCUUUGGUUCUUUGGAGCCCCCAUGGGGGGUUUUGUUCAUACGCCUUCGGGUCUUUAGUGUGACCAUUGGUUACUUGAUCAUUGUUCUCUUUGCUAGUGGAAUCCUUCUCUUUGUGAUUGUCCGUGGAUGUUGGCUUAGGCCAAACCACAUUGGAGAGAAGAUUGGUGAAGAGAAAUCUUCUAGCAAUUUUGCUUUGGAAGAGAAAUUUGAAGAUGAUGAUUGUAAAUCUCAUGUUUUUGGGAGUUAA